CGGUGAUCGCGGCCCACCAAACCGACCGUGCUCCCCUCCGCCUCCGCCUCCGCCUCCGCUUCUCCCUCCCUCGUUCGCGUGCUCCUCCCCAACCCACCCAACCACCGAGGGCGAGGGCGAGCGCGAGCGCGAGAUCCAGAUCCAGCGCCGCCGGCCAUGAACCCGACGCGGCCCGCCCAGGCGUCUUUCCGCGACCGCACCAACGAGUUCCGCGCCGCCGUCGAGAGCGCGCGCCGCCACGCCACCCCGUCCCCUUCCGCCACGCCAGCCAGCAGCAGCGGCAGCCCCCUCGAUGCGUCGCUCGAGGCCUCGUCAACGCGCUCGGAGUUCAACCGCCGCGCCUCCAAGAUCGGGCUCGGGAUCCACCAGACCUCCCAGAAGCUCGCCCGCCUCGCCAAAUUGGCAAAGAGGACUUCUGUUUUUGAUGACCCGACCGUGGAGAUACAAGAGCUGACUUCAGUUAUCAAGAAGGAUAUCACUGCUUUGAACACUGCUGUCGUAGACCUACAAGUUCUCUGCAAUUCACAAAAUGAGACUGGGAAUCUUUCGAAGGACACAACAAAUCAUUCCACUACAGUAGUUGACAACCUAAAAAACCGUCUGAUGAGUGCAACAAAAGAAUUCAAAGAAGUCCUUACUAUGCGGACAGAGCAUUUGAAGGUUCACGAAAAUAGAAGGCAAAUGUUCUCCUCGUCCGCUGCAAAGGAUGCACCAAAUCCAUUCAUUCGUCAGCGUCCCCUUGUUGCUAGGGACACAUCUGAGUCCUCUGUGCCCCCAGCACCAUGGGCCAGUGACUCUGCAUCUACCCCGUUGUUUCAGAGGAAGAAGACUAAUGGAGACCAUGGAGCAUCAUCAUCUCAGCCUUUCAUGCAGCAGCAGCAGCAAUUGGCAGUACAGCAGGACAGUUACAUGCAGAGCAGAGCUGAAGCUCUUCAAAAUGUGGAAUCAACCAUCCAUGAGCUGAGCAACAUCUUUACACAGCUGGCAACCAUGGUUUCUCAACAGGGAGAGCUAGCAAUCAGAAUUGAUGAGAACAUGGAUGACACACUGGCCAACGUUGAGGGAGCUCAGGGCCAACUACUGAAGUAUCUCAACAGCAUUUCAUCGAAUAGGUGGCUGAUGAUGAAGAUCUUUUUUGUGCUGAUGGUGUUCCUCAUGAUUUUCAUAUUCUUUGUCGCUUGAUCCCGUUUGUAUUAGCCCCACAUUCUCUGCAUAGUUGACAGCUAUGCCUAAUAUUCUUUAAUUUUUACUCGAUACUACACCAUGUACACAAUUUUCACCCGGAUGAUAAGCAACGGUUCGUCAGCCUUUGUGGCCAUGUAAAUUAGGAGCCUCUGUACUAGUAUAUUCCCUUGACUGGUGAUAUUUCUGGAAUAUGUUUGUCGUACCAUUUCAUGACAAGCCAAGCAGUUAUUGGUGCUAGCAACGUUGGAAAUCACUGCCUGUCAUUGUCUGAUCGUGCACCUGGACCCUAAUAUGGUCAUGCUGCCCUUAUACAGAACAGAACCAUCUGCUUUCCGGCUA